AUCCCCUUCCGGGAACGCUUCGAGGAGCUGUUGGCUUUCGUGCCCCACAUGCAUCGCUUCCUCAGCAGGAAGAGGAUCCGCCACCACAUCUUUGUGCUCAACCAGGUGGAUCAUUACAGGUUUAACAGAGCAUCUCUGAUCAACGUCGGCUUCCUGGAGAGCGGCAAUGACACCGAUUACAUUGCCAUGCACGAUGUUGACCUCCUGCCCCGCAACGAGGAGCUGGACUACGGCUUCCCAGAGGCAGGGCCCUUCCAUGUGGCAUCCCCAGAGCUGCACCCGCUGUACCACUACAAAACCUACGUGGGCGGCAUCCUCCUGCUCACCAAGCAGCACUACGAGAUGUGCAAUGGGAUGUCCAACCGCUUCUGGGGCUGGGGGCGAGAGGAUGAUGAGUUCUAUCGCCGGAUCAAAGGAGCUGGCCUCCAGCUUUUCCGCCCCUCGGGAAUAAAGACUGGAUACAAGACCUUCCAGCACCUGCACGACCCAGCCUGGAGGAAGCGAGACCAGAAGCGCAUUGCUACCCAGAAGCAGGAGCAGUUCAAGGUGGAUCGGGAGGGGGGCCUGAACAACGUGAGGUAUCGGAUUGAGUCCCGGACGGCGCUGAGUGUGGCUGGAGCUCCCUGCACUGUCCUCAAUAUCCUGCUGGACUGUGAUGCCAGCAAGACCCCCUGGUGCACAUUCAGCUGAGCAGCCUGCCCCAGGCCCCAGUCAUGCCUGCCAUGCUGAGAUGCCCAGGGACUGCAGCGGGGCCAUUCGGAGCAGGGCAGGUUCGCUGCGGCAGCUGAGCGCGAGGGCUGGAGCAUGGAGGCGACAGGCUGGAAGAGGGCUGAGGAGCCAGCCCAACUGCUCGGUCAGUGCAGCUGGAAGGGCAGAACUGAGACCGAGACGCUGUGGCCCCAGCACAGAUGCUGGCAUCACCGCAGGAAGGCCGCUCCCUCCUUGCGCUGGCCAUGGCAGAGCCACCUCCGUGCUCGAGGGGGACAAUAAAGACCCAUCAGGACCAUGUGAUAUCAAUGCACUGAGCCUCGCCCUGCUUUCCAUGCCAGUGCCCAUCUGCCAGCCUCGGUCAGGCACCAUUCCUGCUCCUCGCUCCCUUGCUCUCCUACUGCUCUGUGAUUCCAAGAGGAAGCAGGGAUGGAAGCCAGGCUGUGAGUGUCUGCAGGAGGCCAGUCACUCGGGAGGCUCACAAGAGAGGUUUGGUUGAUGCAGUGGGGCCCUGGGGCCCAGAACCCCAUUAACACGGGCUGAGAUUUCAGCAGAGAAUGGGACGUAUUGGCUACAAUACUGCCCAGAACUUCCCAUUCCCCUUCAUGUGGCUUCUAGGUCCCGCUGCCCACCCCUGCUUUCUGUGGAGUAAGGUCAUAUUUCUGUUGAACCCCAGCUCGUGAGCAUGUCACUGCUCACCGGCUGCAUCCCCCCAGAGCACCAGCAGUGCCAGUGCCACUUCCCACAGUACACACCAUACCCCAGCCUUCUCCAUGGGGCUUGAGUGAGUAUCUGGUGCCUUGACCUCUAGUGCCCCCUUCUCUCCUGGCCCUGCCCUCUCCCAGCUCUAGUUAGGAAAUCCUGCACCAUGUUUCCCUGGAAUGUAAUGGCUGCUCAUUCGCUGCAGUGGUGGCAUUAAAGC